AUGGAUGUUUCGGACAAUCGUUUGAAUCAAAGCCAACGAAUUAAAGACGAUUUGUCGGAAAAAUGUCAAAAACUUUUCGGCGAUUUUCUCAAUGAAUUCGUGGACAAAACGGUGGACACCGAUGAACAGCAUAAGUAUCUGUCGGAAGCGCUGGAACUGAUCAAACCGGAGAGGAAUACGCUGUUCGUGUCGUUCAAGGAGUUGACAAACUGGGACCAGGAGUUGGCCGUCGAUGUGACCAACAAUUACUACCGCUUUUACCCCUAUUUGUGUCGUUCGGUCAGCGCUUUGAUUAACGACGAGAAGCAUAAGUCGGCCGAAGAAUUGGAUGACUUGACGCUCAAUGUCAUCAAAAAUAAGGACUUUUACGUCGGUUUCUAUGACUUCGCCGACAGAACGAAGUUAAGGGAAUUGAGAGCAACGAAGAUCUCAUCGCUGGUGAAGAUUGUGGGACAAGUGGUUCGCACGCAUUCAGUCCAUCCGGAGCUCAUUUCGGGCACAUUUGAGUGCUUCGAUUGCGGCACAGAAGUGGCUAACGUUGAGCAGCAGUUUAAGUACACUUUGCCCACCAUUUGUCGCAACACUGUUUGCGCCAAUCGAUCCAAGUUUCGGCUUCUUCUUCAUAAGUCGCGAUUCGUUGACUUCCAAAAGGUUCGGAUCCAAGAAUUGCAAUCAGAUCUCCCGAGAGGUUGUAUUCCUCGGAGUCUGGAUAUUGUGAUCCGAGGCGGCGAUCGCGUCGAAUGCGUCCAACCGGGAGAUAGGGCUGACUUUGUCGGCUGUCUUAUUGUGGUUCCAGAUGUGGCGCAACUCAUUGCCGGAAGCGGUGGACUCGUGAGGACAGAGACCGGGGCUGGCGAUGGAGGUCUGCGCGGACUCAAGGCGUUGGGAGUGCGCGAAAUGUCCCACAAAAUGGCAUUUCUCGCGAGUUCUUGUAUUUUGGAGGGAAAUGAAGUGCCGAUUCAGAUGGAGGACAGGAAUGCCGACACCAAUACAGGCGCUAAAGACUUCUCGAUGUUUAAAGAGGAAGAGAUUCGAAGAAUUGAGAAAAUGACAAAAGACAAGAACCUCUACGAGAAUAUCAGCAAAAGUCUGUUUCCAUCCAUUUUUGGCAACGAAGACAUCAAAAGAGGAGUUAUUUUGCAAAUGUUUGGCGGAAUCCCUAAGACUACAGUAGAGGGAACUCAUUUGCGGGGAGACAUCAAUGUGUGUGUUGUCGGCGAUCCGUCCACUGCUAAGAGUCAGUUCCUGAAGAUUAUCGCGGAUUUCGCGCCCAUUCGUGCUAUUUAUACGAGCGGUAAGGCGUCGACCGCUUCUGGUUUGACGGCAGCGGUGGUGCGGGACGAAGACGGAGGCUUUGUCAUCGAAGCCGGCGCUCUAAUGCUCGCCGAUCAGGGCAUCUGUUGUAUCGAUGAGUUCGACAAAAUGGAUAUCAGGGAUCAGAUCGCCAUUCAUGAGGCUAUGGAACAGCAGACCAUUAGUAUCACUAAAGCCGGAGUGAAAGCCACUCUCAACGCCCGCACUUCCAUCUUAGCCGCGGCCAACCCUAUUGGCGGCACUUAUGACAGAAGCAAAUCUCUGCGAAAUAAUCUGUCCUUUUCUCUGCCAAUUAUGUCUCGCUUUGACUUAUUCUUCAUACUUCUCGACGAAUGCAACGAAACCAUUGAUUACGCGAUCGCCGAACGCAUCAUUGAUAUGCACUCCGGAAAUGUGGACAACAGCGCCGAAGACGUGAUCUAUUCGUUAGACGAUCUCAAGAAUUACAUCCGAUUCGCGCGACAAUUCAAACCCAAAAUGACUUUAGAGUCGGAGAAAUAUUUGGUCGAAACGUACAAACAGUUGCGUCUCUCGGGCUGUGACAACGGCGGCGGCUUUAAGAGCAAUAAGCAGUCGUGGCGUAUAACUGUCCGACAACUGGAAUCACUCAUCCGGUUGUCCGAAGCGAUGGCGCGAAUGAAUUGCAGUGAUUUUGUCGAAACCAAACACAUCAAAGAGGCGUCGCGUCUCCUCAAUAAGUCGAUCCUCAAAAUAGAUGAGCCGGACGUCAACCUCAUGGACAACGACGACACCAACGAAGACGAAGACAUGGAGGACGUGAGCAAAGAGCACGACUCCCAGAAGGACUCACAGACAGACACACCGAUCCCCUCCUCACUCAAGAUUCCAUACGAUGUCUACAAAUCGAUUACUAAUAUGUUUGUCAUUCGUCUCCAAAGGGAAGAACUCAAGAUAGAAGAGGGAGAGAGCGAUGGCAUCAGGCGUUCAGAACUCAUCGAAUGGUAUCUGAAUCAGUGUCAGGACAUCGAAACCGAAGCCGAUUUG